CUGCGCGGUCCGGGGCGCGCACUGCCGGCCAUGGGGCCGCCGCGGGAGUGAGCAGCGCGGCCCUCCCUGCGUUCAUCAUGACCUGCACCAUCGAGAAGAUCCUCACGGACGCGAAGACCCUUCUGGAGCGGCUGAAGGAGCACGACACCGCAGCCGAGUCGCUCAUCGAUCAGUCCGCCGUCCUGCAUCAGCGCGUGGCCGCUAUGAGGGAGGCGGGCGCGGCGCCGGUCGAGAAGGGCAGCGCGGCGGCGGCGCCCACAGCCGCUUCUCGGCGGGGCCGGAGCGUCCCGGCGGAUGGAGCAGACGGCUCUCGGCUGCGGCCGCACAUGUUGCUGUGCCAGGAGAACACGCAGAUCCGCGACCUGCGGCAGGAGAACCGCGCGCUGUGGAUCUCUCUGGAGGAGCACCAGGAUGCGUUAGAGCUGAUCAUGAGCAAGUACAGAAAGCAGAUGUUGCAGCUGUUGCAAGGGAGAAAAGGUGAAGAUGCGGAACCGGUCCUGAAAGUUCAUCAGGCCAACUCUGUGGAAAUUGAAGGUCAAAUAGAUAGAAUAUGUGAGAUGGGUGAAGUGAUGAGAAAAGCUGUACAAGUUGAUGAGGAUCAGUUUUUUAAGGUUCAGGAGAAACUAGCUCAGCUGGAGCUUGAAAACAAAGAGCUACGUGAACUAUUGUCAAUCAGCAAAGAGUCUUUUGAGGUCAGGAGAGAAGAUAUGCGUGACAGUGAGGCUUAGGUCACAACAUAUCCACAUCUUGACUUCAGAGACUGUUAUGAAGCCACCCAACAGGGAUGGUCUGUAACUUGUUCUUUCAGGUGUUUCACGUUUGUUUUACCUAUCCAAAUGUGUGGCCUGUUUCCUUCGUUAUUCUGAAGUCACACACUCCUAAUGACAAAGGCUUGCAUUGCUGCUCUGUCAUAAAUUGCAGCGUACAAAUGUGUAACAACGAAGUACUUUUGGUGCAUACUCUUUUGUGGCAGUUUAUCUCAUGAAUGUUAUUUUUUAUAAGCUUUAGUCAGUAAUUCCAACUGCGCAGAUGUCACUUAAAACUGCCUCAUCAGUAUCUGGCAAACGUAAUGCAGAUUCUGGUUGUUUUAUGUGCUGGAAAGAAUAAGAUAAUUUGAAAACUACAUUAUAAAUGAUAGGUUCACAUCUUGCUUUGUCUGCACAGAGUGGGUAUCUGGAGCUUUUGCUUUGCUUUGAAGACCCAACACUCAGUAUUUGGUAACAUUCAUACUUGAAAAACUGCUAAGAGCCAGAAUAUCAGAUGGCCAACAGAGCACUUUAAUUACUAACUUACAUCAGGAGUAUAGUUUGCCUUGAUUUAGAGAAGACCAGUGAGAAUGACCCUUCCUCACACAUCAGCAUGUUUUUAUUGCAGAUCUGAGGCUUUUUUUUUUUUUUUUUUUUUUUGCUGUAGGCAGCCCUGUUCUUUCUUUACCUGUGCUUUGAGGUGUACGGAUGCUGAUGUGAAAGCAGUGUGCUCACGUCAAGGUAGUUUCUAUUACAGAGAAUACAGUGCUUUCAGAUCAAAGCUUUUUGGCCUCCCACCACUUUGAUUUUCAGGAAGGGUGAGGUGUGCCUCAAACUAAACCAAAACCAACCACAUGGACAGGUUUUUAAUGUCACGUUGCAGGUAAGUCUAGUGACAGAUGUUAGUUAUUCCAAAAUCCUAUAUUGGUUGAAAUUGAAGUUGCAGUGUAGCAGGAUUUUAUCAAUAUUGUGAUGCUUUCAGUGGCAUUUUAAUGUUGUUGUUUUUUUCGGUCUUUCUUGCCAACGAUCAGGAUAAUACUUCAGUAACAGUAAACAUCCAAUUGUUAAUAUUAUGUUUUUUAUGCUGUUUUUAUCUGUGCAAGAAUUUUGAUAGAUACAGAAGGCAAUUUAGAUUUUAUCACAAGACAAUUUGGAAUAUGCAGAGAAAAGUGUUUAGUUGAUAGAAGGGGAUUCCUGUUUAGGAACAUUGUACAAAAUUCUUUCCUGAAAUAUUUUAAGAGGGAAUAAUAAUAAUAAAAAAAAAAAUACUACAGGCACCA